AUUCGAUUUCAUUCAUCUCUCUCUUAUGAAACAAAGCAAGAUCUGAAAAAUGGAUGCUACAAAGAAGCAUUUGUCUUGGGCAAAUACUGCAUCGUCUUCUAAUACUAACAACAUUAAUAAUAAUGAAAUCCGUCAAGAGUUUUUUUCAAACUAUGAUUCAUCAGAGAAACAACAGACGCAGAAGUCUUGGAUUUCAGAUUAUGAUGUUAUGAUCAGGAAACAACUCGAAAACAUUCCAUCUUCGUUGACCCAGCAACAUCUAGAGGAAGAUGGUAAAACGAAACCUCAAUUAUGGGAUCCCAAAACGAUGUUAAGCAAUCUUUCCCUUAUGGAAGAAAAGAUACACCAACUUCAAGAAUUGGUGCAAUUAAUUGUAGCUAAAUCAUCAUCGGUGGAUCAGCCAAAUCCACUUGUUAUUCAACAACAGCAACAACUUGUUACUGCGGAUAUCACCUCCAUUAUUAUUCAGCUCGUAUCAACUGCAGGUAGUCUUCUUCCUUCGGUCAAACUUCCUUAUGCAAAUCCCAUUUCUAUUCCAUCCAUUGGUAAUUUGGUCAACAAUGUUUCUCAAAAUAAAAUUAUUAAUAAUAACAAUAACAAUAAUAAUAAUAAUAGUAAUAAGAACAACGACAACAGUAAUUAUAAUCAUAAUAGUAAUAACGAUAACCAUAAUAAUAAUAAUAAUAAUAAUAGUGAUGGCUAUAGUCAUAGGAAUCUAGUAAGCAAAGUGGAAAAUCAGUCAAAUGAUAUGGAUGCCCAUGAAGAACAUGAUGAUGAGGUUGAUGACGGAGAACAUCUUCCCCCUGGAUCUUAUGAAAUACUGCAGCUUGAAAAAGAAGAAAUUUUGGCCCCGCACACUCAUUUUUGUGUCAUUUGUGGAAAGGGUUUUAAACGAGAUGCCAAUUUAAGAAUGCAUAUGAGAGGUCAUGGGGAUGAGUAUAAAACACCAGCAGCAUUAGCAAAACCUCAUAAAGAUAGUGGCUCACAACCAAAUCUUAUAAAGAGAUAUUCAUGCCCUUACAUUGGUUGUAAAAGGAAUAAAGAUCACAAGAAGUUUCAGCCAUUGAAGACAAUCUUGUGUGUUAAGAAUCAUUACAAAAGAACUCAUUGUGAUAAAAGCUAUACAUGUAGCUGCUGUCACACCAAGAAAUUCUCGGUUAUUGCAGAUCUUAAAACACACGAGAAGCAUUGUGGGAAAGAUAGAUGGCUUUGUUCUUGUGGCACAACGUUUUCAAGAAAGGAUAAGCUUUUUGGUCAUAUCUCUCUUUUUCAAGGCCACACUCCCGCAAUUCCCUUGGAGGAACCUAAAGGAGCAGAGGUUGGUGUACAUGAGGAUCAAGGAGCUACUACUCAUAAUGGUAAUAAUAUUCAAGGGUCCAAAGAAGUUGGUUUCUUUGACUUUAAUUUCAAUUCAAAUGGUUCAAGUGGAUCUGGGGUUCAAAUUAGUGGUGAGCCUAGUGCUUGUUUUUCGCCAAUGAACGGGUUUCAAGAGUUCUCUAGAGGUCUGUUUGAAGAAUCAGACAGUUUGUCUUUUUAUUUAUCAGGCUCUUCUAAUUACUUGUGGAAGAAUGGUGGCGAGUCGAGUUCCAAGGAUCUUUGAUGACGACGAAAAUUUGUUGCAAAUUUGUAGUAUGGUUAGUUAUUCCUGGUUUACAAUAUUACAUUCUAUCACAUGGUUUGGUCUGUCUUAAAAUUGAAUUUGAAUAAAUUGAUGGUUUUUUCCUA